AUGAGUAAACAAAGCGCACAACUCGAGCGGUACGGGGGCGGGGAAAGCGAUGACUAUUCAAGUGACUCAGAUGUCUAUAGUGAUAAUACAUCUGAAAGUGGGUCAGAAAAUUGCAGUGACUAUGGCUCUGAAUAUGAGUCAGAUACCGAGACCAGUACUAUUAAGUCUCCAAUAUCCCAACCCCCUAAAGUAGAAGAGCGAAUGUCUAAUUCGACAAAUUCCACAGAUCGAGUGGGAGUUACAUAUUCUAAAAGGCAAGAGAGAUUCGAUGAUAAAUUUACACAAAAAGAUGUGAUGGAUAAAAUCCGUAAAAUCGUUUCUUCACCUGCCAGAGAUAUGACAGAUAAAAAAGGUUCGCUGGAAGAUUUACAUUUAUGGGACUACCUCUUGCCUAAUCGUGAAGCAAAGAGCGGAAUUAGUUUGCUCGAUGCGUAUAAAAGAGAUGAAUUAACUAAUAGAUUGAUUAUUCAAAUUGACCAAAAAGAUAACCAAGCACCAAAGUUUUCUGUCAUAGAUGACAUAUCUGAGAUAUAUGGAUUACCUGGAAUUCAUGAAUGUAUUAGCGGGGAACGGCCUUUAAGAGCUGUGAUUGAUAUUGACGCGUCUAAAGAAAAAAUGGAAGCUGAAAACGUUAAUACUAAAAAUGUGUUUUUCAGCAUUUGUUGUUCAUUUGUAAGAGCAUUGUAUCGAAUUCUUGAUUGUAGUUGGGAAGAAAUUAUUGAAGGAUUGGUAAUUAUGACAUCAUCUAAUGAUAAUAAAUGCAGUUAUCACCUUCUAUACGCCCCAACUUUACUUAUUGAUUAUCUAGAGCUAAAAGAAUUUACAGAAUUAGUAUACAGAUUAACCGGAGAAAAAUAUAGAAAGUUUAUUGAUAGAGGGUUACCUGGUCGAAAUUUCUGUCUCCGCUUAAUAGGUUCAGCAAAAAAAGAUCGCGUGAAGCGCAUUCUCCAAUACUCACUAGAUAAUGGGUGGAACAAUGUCAAUGACGCCAGAGUUCAACCACCUACUAGUUCGAGAUAUGAAGUAAGGCCCCGUAUACUUAGUAUAGAAAAAAUAAAUAAUCAGAAAAAAAUAAUCGUGGGUCAUGAUGCGUUAAAAAAAUAUGCAAAUCUAGUUUUGCAGAAGUAUUCUGAAUAUCUUGGGAGUUGGGAUAUCGAAGAAAAAGAUUCUCAAUGGUAUGUAUACUUUAAUCGGAAAACAUAUCUAGAAUGUCCAAUUUGUGAACGCACACAUGACAAGGAUCAGCGGUGGUUCGGUCGCGCGCGUUAUGAUGGAACAUUCAUUGUGAAAUGCUUCCAGCAAAAUAGAGAUGAACCCGGGAAAAUUUUCAAUGACCCAUCUAUCGCGGAAAAAAUCCAGCAAAAAAAUAAAAAUAAUAUUUCUCCGCCCAUUUCUCAUAAAAUAAAGGGUCCAAAGUUCCCAAAACCCUUCUUAGAAAUGCCAGCUUGGGCUAAAUGUGACUCCCCCCUUACCGCAACAGAA